GUGUACAAAGAGCUCGACUAUGCCACGAAUUUUGCCGCGAAUGGCACUGGCGAGUGGAAAGACUCCGGCCUCGGUGAGGCCUUCGAAGCUGCGAUGCGGAACCCAAACCAGAUCAAUGUCAUCGACUGGAAGCCCUAUGGGCCGAGCUAUGGCGCUCUUGCCAGUUUUUUGUCCACGGGCAUUAAGAAGAACGGUGCGCUGAUUGGUGUGUUUUGCACGCAAAUGCCGCCAGAGUCCAAGCCCAUCACCAUACAGGAGAUGGAGCCGAAACUGCUUAAGACUGAAGCCUCGCAAAACCUGGCCAUCAAUGCCUACAUCAACGGCGGAGGAGUUUGCGGAAAUGCACUCACCAUUCAACAGUACGAGUUGGCGUUGGAGAAGAUCAGCAGACUGGAAUACAAGUUUCAGAAAACAGAGACGGAGUUUGCCCUGGUGGCAAGUGGCUACACGGCCCAGUGGCUGUCAGCCUCUGCAGCGGGUCUGGAGGCGCACAAGCAGUACCUCGUCGUGGAGGCUGCUAAGCCUGAGCUCGUG